UACCCCUUGCACAAACUCUACUGCAGUUUACAUUUUGGUAAGUUUGACCCCAAUCUUCAGAGCAGUUUUGACCAGCGUGCUGUAACAUGUUCCUGGAUAUCCUUCUUCUAGUUCUACUCGUCCAACCUUCUAUCCAGGAUAUAUCUCACUGUGAGGAAGCAUCUGAGAACCUUGAAGAGCUGGAGAAUAUUAUCUCCGAACUUAACCUUGACUCUCAGCAAGUGGUUCAGGAAAUUCUUAUCGAGGAAGAGACAGUUCCCAGGGACUUUUUUCCCUUUUUUGCUCCGGGUAUAAGUAAAGGUCUUGCUCCGGAUACCAGUAAAGGCAGUGGAAGAAUUGUAGGAGGGAUCCCAGCUGCGAAGGAUGAUCAUCCCUGGGCUGUAAGCUUACGCCAGACCAAAUCUUGUUUACAUUUCUGCGGCGGGUCGUUGAUAUCUCCCCGCUGGGUUGUGACGGUGGCUCACUGCAUCUGGAAAUCAUUACCUUGGAACACUUUUGUUGUAGCGGGAGGUAGAAGCAGUAACUCUAGAGAUAUGGGAGAUCAGGCAGUUAUAGCAGAAGACAUCUACACUCACCCGGACUACAACUGGUGCAAUAAGAACUACUGGAAUGAUAUUGGGUUGAUCAAACUCAGCACGGAUAUCAAGGUUGUCAAUGUGUUCAUAUCCUUACCUGGACCUACAGCACUGCUCCAGCCCCUGUCUGGAACUGUGGAAGUGGUUGGGUUUGGUCGGGUGGAAUUCAAGGGACCCGGAGCUCUUAGACUUAACAAAGUCUUUCUCCCUGUCCUUUCCAGCUUUCUAUGCACUAAGUUAAUGCAGAAGAGUAAACCUUUGAUGUUCUGUGCAGGAGAGGAGGGACGUGACUCAUGUCAGGGGGAUUCAGGAUCCGGAGCAGUACAGGGGGGAACCCUGGUAGGUUUAGUUUCACAUGGAGCAGGGUGUGGAACCCAACCUGGGGUAUACACUGAUGUGAGACACUACGCGUCCUGGAUCCAGCUCCUGGUGGAGGAGAAGAAGGAGGAGGAGGAGAAGGAGAGGGAGGAGAAGAACAAAGAUCCAAAAAGAAAAAGACAAAAUGACAUAAAGAAGUUGAUUUUCAGACUUCUCCAGUGUCAUGGUCUAAGUACUAAAUUUACAUAAUUUGAACUAACUAUUGUAAACAAAGUAAUAAAAGUGUAAAAAUUA